AUGAAUCUGGAUCAGGCACAAUUCCCCCGUCCAGAUAACACCAGACCCGCUAGCGAGAGCCCUGGAGCAGCAGGUGUUGCCGAUUUCCCUCCGUCAAAGGCAGGCGAUGAAUCAGACAACACACCACGUUCAGAGGUGCCUUCCACGGCCGACACGGUCCCUGCUAUUCCGCCAGAGCUCCAGCACCUCAAUGAUGAGCCCAGCUACUUCUCGCCGCAACCAUUGCGCAUGUACAGUGGCUCCAAAUUCUCUGCGUCCACUCCCACAUCGACCAAUCCCUCCCCCACCACGAGCAACAAUGCGUCCUCCACCUCAGUAAAUAAGACCAGGACCAGGACCCGGACCGCAUCUCCCUCUUCGUCCUCGCUGCGUAUCAACGCUGACACAGUUGGACGGCCAGGCGUCCAGAGGGACCUUUCCAGCACUUCCACAGCCAGCGUAGCGACAAUACGUGCUCAUUCCGUUGACCCAAUAGCAUCUUUUGCACCUCUGCCGAGACAGCAUCAGAGAGAUGGACCCCACUACCCCAAUCAGUCCUAUGCCGCUCUACAAAACCAACAACACUAUACAGUUCACCCUCCGCAUCUCCCACGCACACGCAGCACUCACCCUGCCCACUCCUCUUCCCAUUCUGCCGCCCACAUCUCCACAUUCGGCAUCGCACUCGAGUACCAUCGUGACCUCAUGGAGUCUGGCUCGCGGACCGUGGGAAAUUCACCUGCGAGCAGCCCCGGUCUCUUCAGCCCGACAACUCCUCCCUUCCAUCACGGCAGCGGACAGCCAGAUGAUGGCCAUUACUCCAGCCCCUACCUGCACCACACUCACAGACAGGCACCUAAGGAGACCCACACGGCCGAUGUCGAUGUCGAUCCCGUUUCCGGAAGGAAAAUCAUCAACAAUUACGAGGUCAUUGAUGAGCUUGGUCGUGGCGUGCACGGCAAGGUCAAGUUGGGAAGGAACCUCGCUACUGGCGAGUUCGUUGCCAUCAAAAUUGUUGACCGUUACUCCAAACGACGGCGAUUAGGCAAGAACACGAGCCACGAAGACAAGAUCAAAAAGGAGAUCGCUAUUCUAAAGAAGGCUCGCCAUCCCAACAUUGUAAGCUUACUCGAGGUCAUUGACGACCCCUCACGCAAAAAGGUAUACAUUGUGUUGGAGCACGUGGAGCUUGGCGAGGUGAAAUGGCGGACCCUCGGCGAGAAAGAGAUAGCACGUGUUGAGUGGCGCCGCUUCCAACGUCACUCUCAAGGCAUCUUUGAUAAUGACAGUGCGGAUAUGGAGGAUAACAGGAUACUCCACCACGCUCGCCAAAAGCUCGAGCGCAAAAUACGUCGACGGGCGAGAGAACAACACCUACGCCGUUCACAAGGAACUGACUUUGGCGGGUGGAGCUUCGAGCAUGGAGGAGAUUCGGACGAUGAUGCGUCGGAGAGCAGUCGUGACCAGCGUUCAAUCGACGACAGAGCCGCGAGUCGCGACAACUUGCCCGACACCAAUAUGGAAACUGCAUACCGCUCACCCACACCCCUUGCCAACUCUCGUCAACCGGACCUCGAACUCGGUCUGCUCGAUGGUACCAUGUAUGGCGGUUACGACACUCAGCCAACCCGGGGAAGGGCGCCAAGCCUCGCAGAAAGCAGCUCGUCCCACCACACCGAUGACGACGAGGAAGUUCCCGAGCACUUCCGCUAUGUGCCGCUCAUGACAAUCCAAGCUGCGCGCGAGGCCUUCAGAGAUACGGUACUUGGCCUCGAGUAUCUGCACUUCCAAAGCGUCAUCCACAGAGACAUCAAACCAGCAAACCUCCUCCAGACGAAAGAACAUCGAAUCAAAAUUUCCGAUUUCGGAGUGUCAUAUCUGGGGCGCGGCAGUUCCGGAGAGACUACUGGUGAUCAGUCAGAAUCCGAUGCUCACGACUACGAUGAGGCCAUCGAGCUAGCCAAGACUGUGGGUACUCCUGCAUUCUACGCGCCGGAGCUGUGCCGGACCGAUCUUGAUGCCGACGAUGCUCCACCACCGGUUGGACCUGCGAUCGAUGUAUGGGCACUCGGUGUCACACUGUACUGUCUCAUCUAUGGGAGGGUUCCGUUCCACGACCACAACACAUUUCACCUCAUGAAGUUGAUAACGGACACCGACGUCUACAUUCCUGAUCAACGCCUGAAGGCUGUCACGGAGCAAUCGGGCUCCAGGCCAAACUCCCAUGGACGGAUGUAUCACUCCAUGACCACGAGCAAGAGGGCCCCGCACGAUCUAGAGCAUGAGGACGUGGGCGAGCUCCUCCGGGACUUGCUCAAGAGGUUACUCAUCAAGGACCCACGAAAGAGGAUCACAAUCCCUGAGAUCAAACGGCAUCCCUGGCUGUUGCAAGGUCUCGAUGAUUUCCACUCAUGGGUUGAAGAGACGGAUCCCAACCGUUCGGCCCAGAACAGGAUUCGCGUCACCAAAGACGAUGUCGAGCAGGCCGUCGUCCCUAUUACUCUCAUUGACCGAGUCCGCUCAGGUGUUCGCAAGACCAUCGACACCAUGUUUGGGAUGGGAAGGCGCGGGGGUUCCAGGCGGCGCGCACAGAGCAAUGCUACCAAUCCCGACCCAAACCAUCCACUGACUGCGAAUUCCUCCAGCAGCACCAUCAGCCAAGAAGGCCGACGACCCAGCUUAGCCAUGGGUCAGUCCAUUUUCGAGGCCCUCAAUCGUUCUCGAGAGCCCGAUCAUCCGCUUUCUCAGAGCGUGACCGCCAGCCCAGAGGUGGCAGAGCGUAAGAAGUUUUUUGAGUCAUCUGGCUCCAGAACAGGAUCGCCAGCUCAUAGUUUGGAAGGCACAGCGCAACCGCUUACACUGGCAACCGCAUUCAGGCCGCUGCCUGAGCGAGCAAACUCGGCAACGUCGAAUACUACUGCGUCGGGGCGCACAAUUAUAGGAGACAGAUUGCGAUCAGGCCGACCAGCUUCCCCAAUAAUACCACCAGCAUUACCUGGGACCCCUACUGCAUUGGAAAGUCCGGGGGGCACUCACCUAGGAGGCAUUUUUGGCGGAGCACCUCGCCGGUUUGUCAACAGUGUGAGGAGCCGAGAAAGCCUUCUCAAACCCAACCACCUCCAUAGCCGGGCCAAAUCGAUCGAUAGGUUGGUCAAUCCUGAAGAGGAUGCCCAUGCAGGCCCCAGUCUCGCGAUAAGCAACACACUUGCUGCUGGCCAUGUUGACCAAUCUGAUCUCCUGAGAGAGAUGUCCCCUGGUCUUGCGCGGGGCACCUCGCCAAGCAUCUCCGACUUGCGGUCUCCGGAUCCGACCGAGCGAGCAGCUUCGCGCCAAUCAUCCGUUUCAUCCGCUGCCUCGUAUCACAGUCGAAUGUACGCCGCGCAUCAUCAGAUGGAGGUUGGACCGACCGACUUCCUUUCCUUCAACAAGCCUCAACUUGACCGUGGCGCAUCUAGUGAACGCUUCAACCGUGCCAAGGACGAGCUUGUACGACAGAGAGUUGAAGAGGCACGGGAGCGCCCGCGGUCCAAGAAUGCAUCGCGCCCUGUUUCCAUCGCUACGCAGUCCGAGUGUCCACCCAGUCCAGACGAUGAAGUAUUCUUCCAGCGACAGAAAGUAGAAGACUACCUCAACCAAAACCCAGGCUCAACAGAGACCAGCCCUGGCGGAUUUUCCACGACCUCUCAGGCAGUCGCUUUGACGUCGAGCUCAUCAGAAGAUCACUUUGCCUCCAUCUCCCAGUCUACAUCCAACCCAUCGAUUCCAUCGGUAGCCUCGGCCAAUUCAUCAGUGGCCCCAGAUGAGUGUUUGCAGAUGCAAAUGGGCGCCUAUCACGUCGCUCCGGAGACUUCAGAAGACUCAAUCAAACACCACUUUUCCUUACGUGACGACACCUCUGGCUACGAUGGCGAUCAUGCUCUGGAGAGCGGCGACGAUGAAGAUUCGGGCGAUGACGACUUUCUUGUCAUGGGCAAGAGGAAGACGAAUUCAUCUACACGCAGCGGAUCGAUCAGCAAUGGCGAGCUUGCCCGCAGCCACGACCGAAAAGUGUUCCUCGCUGAGCGACAAAGGUCCUCCCGAAGCGGUAGCAAUGGGACUGUCAAGAAGAUCCCACCUCCCGAAGCCUCAUCAGACUCCAACACCCCGACUGCUCAAUAA